CAAAUCUUUCGCAACACAGCGGAUAACCACUGACACAGACUAGGUAAGAGGUUUAGUUUAAGCCACACACUCACCCUCGAGAAAAUGUCAGGUCAAGGCAAAGUCGCGGUCAUCACCGGUUCAUCGUCCGGAAUCGGUCGUGCGACCGCCAUCGCGCUCUCGCAGGAAGGCUGGUCACUCAUGCUGACGGCGCGGAGGGAGGCACAGCUGCAGGAAACCCGCACUCUCUGCAUCGAUGCACGCAAAGCUGUUGGACUGCCAUCCGAAGAUGGCAAGUUCCUUGUAGCUGCAGGGGAUAUCACGAACGAAGAUUUCGUCAAGGGCCUUUUCCAGAAGACAGUCGAUAGCUUUAGCCGACUCGACAUGCUAUUCAAUAAUGCUGGCAUCAGUGCUCCGGCCACACCCACCGAAGAAUUCUCCCUCGACCUCUUCAACGCCGUGCUCAGCACAAACGUCAUCGGCCCCUUCCUCUGCACUCGCGAGGCUGUGCGCAUAUUCAAGCGCCAAAUCCCCCAAGGAGGCCGUAUCAUCAACAACGGCUCGCUUUCCGCCCACAUGCCGCGCCCGCACUCGGUCGCUUACACGACCGCGAAGCACGCGAUCCUGGGGCUCACCAAAUGCACCGCCCUGGACGGCCGCCCGCACAACAUCACCUGCACGCAGAUCGACAUCGGAAACGCCAAUACAACUAUAUCCACGGCCUCCAACAACCAAUUCUCGGGCGCCCCCUCGAGCACCGCUGUCAUGCAUCUCCAGCCGAACGGGCAGGUCACGCCUGAGGACACCAUGGAUCCCGCGUACGCGGCUGCACAGAUCGUUUCGGUUGCCGCGCUGCCCAACACCGUCACGGUCUUAUCGCUCAACAUCAUGGCGACCAAUAUGCCAUAUGUAGGCCGCGGUUGACAUUGACUGCUCAAAGAAUCGCUCUCGAAUCCAAACAUAGAGGAGAGGCGGAUAGGCAGAGCAUUCCCCACACCACGAGCAGCGACGGCAACAGACAGACUACAGAGUCCAUGACAUAUCAAGCAUGUCCGUGUAUGCACUGGAACGACGAUAACUUUGCUACCAGUACAUGACGAGUGCUCAAGACACGAGAGGCAUCAUUACAAUAGCGCAGGCUGCCAUACCGAAACAGUAAUACACCCUGAAUGCGAAGGUGAGAUGAAAAAAAGGAAAAGUAAUCGACCCCGAAAAAAAGGCGAUGAAGGAACUCCUGUCUGAAUUGCAUGCGGCUGCAAGUGCUCUUUGUCCCUGUCUCAUCGGUAACUUGUUCUUUUUGAUGCAACUUGAUUGUUCACAAUGCGCAGUAAAAAUGACGAGACCUAUCAAAGUGGUUUGUUGAUGCGUCGCAUUUCCCUCAACGAAUUACUUCCCACCGCCUACAAGCGACAGCCACGCCCGGUGCAAACUGGAACUGUCGACGAUGGAUUGAGAAAGGCAAUCAACUUAUCGAGGCUCUACUUAUCAGGACACUGGAGCUGUAAAUAUAGCACAGCGUUAUCUUCCCUUCAAUGGAAGACGUAUAUGUGGCUCUUCAAAAGACCAUGGGAGACAUAUGCUGCAUGGGCUCGCGAGUACAAAACCGAUAUAGUGUCUGUCUACGUGUUCGGCCACCUGACCCUUGUCGUGAACACUAUCGAAGCGGCUAAAGACAUGUUUGAGCGUCGCUCGGCCGUUUACUCUGACCGCCCUCAUAUAACUAUGAUCGACAUGAUGGAGUGGGACUUCAAUGUUGCCUUGAUGCCCUACUCAGACGGAUGGCGCAUGAGGCGCAAGAUGCUGCACCAAUUUCUCAACUCUGGGGCCGCCACGCAGUAUCGUCCGCUGCAGAGAAAGUGCGCAGUUAAGCUCAUAAAGCUGCUUCACGCGAGCCCUGAAAGCUUCGCAGACCACUUGAAAUACUUUGCAGGGUCCAUCGCGAUGUCAAUGACUUAUGCGCACGAGACUGCGCAGUCGGACGAUCGGUAUGUGCACAUCGCAGAGAGAGCAUUCGAGAUGCUGUCAGGAGCCAUGUUUCCAGGCGCAGCAGUGGUCAAUGCGUUUCCAAUAUUGAGGCAUCUGCCGAAAUGGUUCCCGGGCGCCGGGUUUAAGACUUAUGCAGAUGAGUGUGCUAUGUUGACACGGGAAAUGAGACAUGUUCCUUUCGAGGCUGUCAAACGGAGCAUGACUGAUGGCACAGCUGACCCCUCGAUGACAGCGAGCUUGUUGGAAAUGCACGAGGCAAAGGGAGGCGAUGAAGCUGAGGCGGUAGCUAUCAUGGAUGCUGCAGCAAUAACAUACGCCACCCAUUUUGCAAUUCUUGCACUUGUACUACACCCUGAGGUGCAACGACGUGCGCAAGCCGAGAUCGACAGCGUUGUUGGUCGUGAACGUCUUCCAGAUUUUGAAGACCCACUUCCAUACAUCGAGGCUGUAUGCCUCGAAGUCUCGCGCUGGGGGGUCGUUAUACCUCUAGGCGUAGUGCGUACUGCUUACAGGGAUGACGUGUACAAAGGUUGGAACAUUUCGAAAGGGACAGAGAUAUUCGUCAACACAUGGGCUAUGUUACACGAUCCCGAGAAAUAUCCCGAUCCAGAAUCGUUCAAGCCGGAAAGGUUCUUCAGGGAUGAUGGAAUUUUGAACGACGACAAUGUUCAACCUGCGUUUGGAUUUGGCAGACGGGUGUGCCCAGGACAACACCUCGCCAGAGCAUCGAUCUGGAUAAUGGUUGCAUACAUACUAGCGUUGUUCGACAUUGAGCCGACGAAGGAUGAAGCAGGGCACGAAAUCCCGAUCCGCGCUGAUUGUACCGAUGGGCAGAUUAGUCAUCCGUUGCCCUUCAAGUGUUCCAUACGUCUGAGAGACAAGAAGGCCGAGGGAUUAAUGCAGGAGCUCUGAGUAUCUCGUAUUUGGGUAUGAUUGUAUGAUAUCUAGUUUUCAAUCGGAGCACCUCUAUCUCGAGAUUGUAACCUUAACUAUAACACGGCCCUCCGGGCCAUCUUCGGUGUCGGAUAUAGACGUUCAAGACGAAGAUAGACAAGUGACUGGAUCCGUAAAAUAGUUAAUACCCCAUUGAGAACCAUCAGGAGUGUACGAAUAUACAAGUCAGCCCCUC